AUGGCUCCGUCAGCGACCUCCACGGGAAAGACAGACCGAGAUGACCUAACAUCUCGAGUCCUCCCAGAAAUGGUCUUCAGCACCGGGGAUUCUUCCUCCAUGACCGCACCUCCAGAACCAGCACCCUCCCACCUCACACCCGCUCAGCGAGCCCAACUCAGAUUCAGCGUCACAGGAAACGCCAUCGUAACAGGAGGAGCCGGAACCCUCGGUUUCGAAGCCGCCAAAGCACUCUUGGAACACGGCCUCCAAAACCUCAUGAUCUUCGACGUCAACCCCACUCAAGCACAGCCCAAACUCGACGCUCUCAGCGCCGAGUUUCCGUCCUCCAAGAUCCACGCCAUGAAAGUAGACAUCACUGACGACGUGGCCGUUUCCCACGCCGUGGAAAGUACUGCUGAGAUACUCGGCUCGGUCGAUAUCCUGCUGUGUUUUGCGGGUGUGGUGGGUUGCUACCAUGCGUUGGAGAUGACGAGUCAGCAGUUUAGGAAGACGAUUGAUGUUAAUACCACGGGGAACUUUUUGGUGGCUCAGGCCGCGGCAAAGCAGAUGGUUAAGCAGGGGACUAGGGGAAGUAUUACGUUUGUAGCGUCGAUUUCGGGGCAUAUGGUUAAUUAUCCUCAACCGCAGGCAGCUUAUAAUGUGAGUAAAGCGGCCGUGUUGACGUUGAAGAAUUGUUUGGCGACGGAGUGGGCUAGGUAUGGAAUUAGAGUUAACUCGAUCUCUCCUGGGUAUAUGGAUACGAUUUUGAAUGAAGGAGACGGGAUUGAGAAGUCUAAGCAAAUGUGGAAAGAGAGAAAUCCGAGUGGGAGGUUGGGAGUACCCAGUGAGUUGACUGGAGCGGUAAUUUUAUUGUCUAGCAAUGCGGGAACGUAUAUCAAUGGUGUGUGCUUCUCCUUUCGAUUCGUGUAG